AUGAACACACAUAAUCAAAGUAGUAAUCAAAAUGGUGGUGGUAGUGGCGGUGGUGGUGGUGGUGGUGGGUCAUCAACAUUUUCACCAAUAGUUUUAACAUCAACAUAUAGAUUAGACGUUCAAGAGAAAUAUACAUUUAGUUAUGAAAUUGGUUCAGGUACAUACGGUAUGGUUUAUAAAGCAGAUGAUAAAAAAAGGCCAAACAAUAAAGUGGCCGUUAAAAAAUUUAGAAGUACAAAAGAAGGUGAAGGUUUAUCUUUAACUGCAUAUAGAGAAAUUGGUUUAUUAAAAGAAUUAUCAAAUGAAAAUAUAGUUAAAUUAUUAGAUGUUUGUUUAAAUCCAAAAGAUAAGUUAUUAUAUUUAAUAUUUGAUUAUGCAGAAUUUGAUUUAUUUGGAAUUAUAAAGUAUCAUAGAGAGAAUGGAAGUCAUUUUUCAGACGCAACAAUUAAAUCAUUAAUAUGGCAAGUAUUGAAUGGUAUACAUUAUCUACAUAGUAAUUGGGUAAUACAUAGGGAUUUAAAGCCAUCGAAUAUUUUAGUGAUGGGAGAAGGAAAAGAAUGUGGUACUGUGAAAAUUGGUGAUUUUGGGCUUGCAAGAAUAUUUCAAUCACCAUUGAAACCAUUGAACGAGAAUGGUGUAGUUGUGACCAUUUGGUAUAGGUCGCCCGAACUAUUACUAGGCUCAAAGCAUUAUACGAGGGCUGUGGAUAUUUGGGCGAUUGGUUGUAUUUUCGCUGAACUAAUUACAACCAAACCUUUAUUCCCUGGCAAAGAGAAAGAUCCAAAGAUUCCAUCACUAUUUCAAGAUGAUCAAGUUGAAAAGAUAAUUAGAGUAUUAGGUAAACCAACUUUAGAUAUGUGGCCAGAUAUUAAACAUUUACCAGAAUGGAAAAGGUUAUCAAGUAUGGAAGCUUUUCCAAAUUCAUUAGCAAAAUGUGUUGGUAUCGAUGAAAAUAGUCAAGCCUAUGAUUUACUCUCAAAAAUGAUCCUAUAUGAUCCCUCAAAAAGAAUAACUGCAUCUGAAGCUUUAGAUCAUCCUUAUUUUAAAGAAUUACCAUUACCAUUACCAAAUGCUUUUUCAAAACCAAUACCUUAUCCUCCAAGAUUACCAAUAAAUAAAAAAAAGAGAGAAUUUGAUGAUUAA